UUCCAGCAUCUCGACUUGCGCACGCUGCACCCGACGUGGCGCUCUCCUCUCUUUUCUCAUGUCUGGCGACUUGGACUUCCUCGCGGCCAAUGUGCUAACGGACCAGAAGCGCAAUGGAAAGCCCUUCCUGAGUGAACCGGCGUCGGGGCCGCAGGAACCUCCAAUUCAGCCCAAGAAGAACACCGUUCUCGUCAGUCACGGAAGACCCCCUUGGUAUGGAGAAGAUGGUGAACCGCUGUUCGAUGCGUUCGUUAUCGCAGUCGCUGGCGGGUCUGCUAGCGGCAAGACACAUGUAUCCAGACAGAUUGUGAAGGCUCUUGGAUCAAUACCUUCUGUUAUCAUCCUGUCUCAGGACUCUUUCUAUAAGCAACAUGGCCCAGAAGAGAUCGAGCUAGCCUAUCAGAACCGGUUCGACUUCGACCACCCGGACUCAAUCGAUAUGGAGCUGUUUGCGAAGUGCUUGAGUGACCUGAAGGCUGGCAGACAGACGAACAUCCCCAUCUACUCCUUCCAGACCCACCAGCGUCAGAAAGAGACGCAAUAUCUCUAUGGCGCGGCUAUUAUCAUCACUGAGGGAAUUUUAGCUCUGCAUGACGCUAGGUUGCGAGAGCUGUAUGAUCUGAAGGUCUAUGUGCAAUGUGACUCCGAUCUCAUGCUCGCUCGACGUAUUCGACGCGAUGUUGCAGAGCGCGGCAGAGACGUGAGCGGUAUCUUGGAUCAAUAUCUACGCUUCGUGAAGCCAUCCUUUGAUCACUUUGUUCAACCCAGCGCCAGUCACGCUGAUAUCAUUGUGCCAGGAGUCAAUAACGACGUCGCUAUCGACUUGCUCACCACCCACAUCCGCCGCAAGCUCAAGGAGCGCUCCAACCACUUCCGACACAAAAUGGCUAUCCCGCGGAUGUACUUGCACGAGGAUGUUGAGGCCUCGCUCGACGCCCUCAACCUGACGAUAUUGCCCAUGACGCCGCAGCGCAAGGGUGUCUUCACGAUGCUGAGAGAUAAGAAUUGUAGCAAGCAAGACUUCAUCUUCUAUACUGAUCGUCUGGCGACCACCCUGGCCGAACACUCCAUGCAACACCUACCCUUCGUUCCCCACGAAGUCAUAACGCCAGUGGGCGUACCAUGUAAGGGGAAGAGAGUAGCAGACCAGCAAAUUUGUGGCGUGUCUAUUCUACGCGGUGGCGGCGUACUAGAGCGAGGCUUCCGACGCGUCUACCACGAUGUUCCCAUCGGCUCGCUCUUGGUCCAGUCUGAAUGCCUCACGGGCGAACCGCUGCUCUUGCAUACCAAGCUGCCCGUGUGCGUACGUAACAGGGAGACUGCAAAGAACACAUACUGUUUCAUACUGGAUGCUCAAAUUGGGACCGGGGCAGCUGCGCUGAUGGCUAUACGAGUUCUGCUGGACCAUGGGGUACCGCAGGACCAUAUCAUCUUUGUCACCCUCCUUGUCGCUCGGGGCGGGGGCAUUUCGGUGCUGCGGCGGGCUUUCCCUCAUGUGAAGAUCGUUUGUGUAGCGGUAGACGACGAGAUGAAGGAGAGGUGGUUGGAGGGGAUCAAAGGCGACGAGAAUCCCGAGGGUGUCGGCCGUGUGGGUUGGGUCAUGAGCCCAGGAAUGGGCCAAAUCGGCGACCGGUACUGGCUAUAAACUCGCAUCAAUGAGCACCACAUCAGUCCACUCAAUUUUCCGAGGGAUACUUUCGCAUGAGCAUAUCGUACUGGGGAAUACAUGUUGCAUCGCUACC